AUGUCGUCUCCUACAGAUGAGGAAGUCCGUCGAUACAUAGAAGAAAUAGUGAAGGGUGUUACUAGCAUAGAGAAGAAACUGGAAAGUGAUGUUCGUGAUAUGUGCACGCUACUGUUACUACUAUUAGGAGACUGUAAAGAAAGAGUUCGAAAUAGAGAUGUACCUCAGAGACUGAAGGAAAGUUUUAAAGACAUCUAUGGAUGCCUAAAAUUGCAUCUGAAAUUCCACCUACGGGCUGUUGAAGUAAGGGAGCUCAAUACACUAGGCCAGCAGAUUGGAUUGACAGUGGAAGAACUAGAUGCACUUCCAGGGAAAGAAUGUGCCAUUGACCCUGGAAGCAAACUCUUGGAAAUUGUAAGUACCAUUUAUUUACUACGAAAUUUGAAAACUUUAGGUCAGGGCGGACUCAGUGUUACCUAGAAUUGACGGCAAUUUCGAUUGUGCGACGCUUGAAAUGGCCUGUCCAAAAUUUCUAUCCGGAUUUUACCUUAUGCCUCACGAGAUAAACAACUUGAAAUAUCGAGUAAACGCUGAAAUUGCAAAGACAUUUCUCCAGGUAGUUCUCUGCUUAAUACUUCAACCGUUCUUGUUAGACAAGUAACAGCUGGCACUCGUUGAAUUUAUGUUUUAGAUUCCUGAUAUUGUAAUCGAAACUCAGUUUACCUCAUUGUUGUAAUAGUUUGGAAGGCACUUCUAAAAGCCAAAAAAAACCAUGCAAAUCCUUCUUUUAGAAUUGUCGAAUGCUUGAUGUUUAGUAAUGGAAACGUUUCCGCAAUUCGGGGAAACAGUGUAAUUUAGGAGUGGAAAAUUUCCGCAUUACCUUGGUUCAGUACACGGUCUUGAAUUAUAAACGAAAACGGAAUCAACAGAACGCCUCUUGGCCAAAAGAGAGGGAUGAUAGCGCCAAUAUACAUACUUUAAAAGUUGGGAGCUUGUACAAGGAUUUGGGAUCAUUUGCGCUACGGUUGUAAAGAUCACUGAAACUGGUAAUCAAAAUCAAACACAUGGCCAUUGACGCAAAUCAGAAGUCUAACAAGAAGACCCCGCUAACGACGAGGAAAAUGCAAAUGUUAAGGUAGACGGAUUAUACAAAUACCGUAUAUCCAAAAAUGCUCACCACUACGAAAACGUGUUCUAUUUGAAAAAAAUGGGAAUUGAAUAAAUUAAAGUACAGUAAAAAGAGACAUUAAGCGACAAGGCGAAGGACUCAGUGUGCUUUAAUACAACAAAUUUGUUCAUAAUGAAACUAGUACAAAUCAACAAUAAAAUCGAACAGCAUUUCCGGGGUAUCGUCAUGACUCCAUUUUAAGUUCAAUGUACAGUAGUUAUUAUGUUUACUUAUGUAUUAUAUCUCAAUCUUCAGCCAAUCUUCAGCCAACUAUUUUUGACAGUUCAUUUCAGUCUCGGCAUUUUUGAACUUGAAAAUUAAAUCAUGACGAAACCGAAACGUCUGAGUUAUUAACCAAGCGGUGAAGUUAGGAAGGCGGGAUAUUGGCCAAAUUAUCAUGGGUUUUUAUGGACAGACAUGAAGUGGAUGUCCAUAAAAGCAAAAAAAGAGAGGGGAAGGGAGAGAGAACAGGAUCAGUAUUCAACUAUCCUGACUGAACGGAAGGUUGACCGCACCGAACCGAAGCUUAUUUAUUCAUCAUAUAGCAACACAAAAUCUCUUCUUGUGGAACUAAGCCGGCAAUCCCGAGGAGCGGUCAAGAUAGGCCCAGCUGGGUAGGCAAUAAAAAUAGGGCAUUCCAAACAUUUGGAUAUUUUUCUCCUUCAAAUAUUUUACCUGACUGAAGAAGUUGCCUUUUCCUUUGGUAGCUUUCUGAUGUGUGAUCUGCAUUGCAAAAAAGAAUUAUCAACAUAUCCGUGGCUACAGUUCCGCUUGAAAAAACUCACGAAAGUCAAAUCAAUGAUGACUAAAAGAAUUAAAGAGCAGAUUCCAGACCGUAGUUCCACUGAAAAUAAACUGGACAGGCUAGGAAAGCGCGAUUAGCCUACCAUAUUCAAGGAUUUAGUAUUCUGGGCCCAGUUCGAUGCCGAUUAGCGCUAAUCCAGGAUUAAAAUAUAAUUUUGUUCCGUUUUAGCGUUCUACCUUCCUAUGUCAAUUAUUUAGGUAACAUUUUGUCUUCUACUAUUACUGCAUCCGUCAGAGUAAAGGCUCAACAGCAUUUUGUAAGCUCGAGUUGCAUACCAUAUUUGUAGGAACCGGGCCCGGGACUGCUCAAAUGCUUAGGAGCCUGAGUGAACUAGAGAUUUAAGAUAUUCAACUCAUUAAGGUGUUUCGAUACACUUUUUCAGAGGCCAUACGGAUAUUUUUCAAUCGCCUUAAAAGUGUUUUUUUCCUUGUCAGAUCGCUAUAAAAUUUUUACCAGUAACUGGCUAUGGAUUGAGAUUUGUGAAAAUGUAGUUUUAAGUAAAAUCGAUAUUACUAUGACAACAAUAAACAAAAAACUUUGAAAUUGAUAAAAGCCAAAUUUUGUGUGAUCUAGACCUGCUACUGAAAAUCCAACACUAGGAACUUAAAGUUUGGUGUUUAGCAAACAAUCUCCGAAAGAAGUAAAAAAUUCUGUAUGUUUGAAUUCGACUAAAACGAAAAUAUAUUUCAAACCUUAAAUUUUCAAUAGCGGUGAUAGAUUAUUUAAUGAAAACGUUAUAAAUGACUCAAAUUAUUCUUAAGUAGCGUAAGAAUGAUGCUUAAUAUCAUAUUUUGAUGCUAGGAAAUUUUGGUGUACUUUCGUUCAUGCGAUCUUGAAAUCUAACCCGUUUUCUCACCACCUGUAUAAGUGCAACUUCAUUCAGAAUUUGGACUUUUAGCGCUUUCUUGUAUAUCUCCAAAACGACUCGAACGAAUUUUUUUUAAAAUCUCUUCACAUAAUCUUCAUAAUGUAUAUAAAAAUGUCUGUAACUUUCAUUAAGAUUGAUUCACUGCAACACCUUGAAAUUUCAAGAGAAACCUAUCCUACGAACCAGUCAAAAAUCUGCGUUACAAUAUUCACUGUUUUGACGUUAUGCUAAUUUUUCCAAAUUAAUACGGACAAUACAUAUAUCCAUGACUAGUACAUUUCAGUGUGAGUAUUGUCAAUGUUUUACAUUCAAAAGAUGCGAUAAAUUCAAACUAAAAUGUACUAGUCAUGGAGGUAUGUAUUAUAAUUCAUUGUAUGGCCACAAAGGUGAAUAUUAUUCAUAAAUUGAACUAGAACAUUGUACUCACUGAUAAAACAAUAAUGGCCAACUUUUAUAUUUGUAUAAUUCCAGUUAAGUGACAUAGCAGAAUGUUCUGAUGGUCCAAAGGGCAGCGAAAGUCAUGCUAACGCUGUGAUGACUCAGGCAAAAGAUUGGUUAAGUAGACUUGGACAAAAGAACACAUUCAAACCCAAGGUCUUGGCGCGGGUGUCCCGUAAUGGCGAAUGGUUUGUUGGAUCAUCAGUGGCAGUGAGUCACUUCUUAAGACCCCUCUGUUUGUACAACAGAAUUUGUGAUUUUAAACAAAGCCUCAAGAAAGCAGUUAUAUUCUUUCAGCCUCUGGAAACUGAACAUAAAGUCCUCUGGAAUUCCACAGCAUUUUGGUUUACGGCCGGAUAUAAAACCGAAAAACCUCCUUGUCAAAACUGCAAGUUUAUGUUCAAGAACUUAUCAGGUUUCCCAGGUGGGACAGAUAAUUUGGGACAGGAAGGUGCAAGUGCCAACACCGUAGGGGGGACAUUUUUGGCGGCAUGUGGUGAGUAUCCUCCUAUAAACAAGUGUCUUCCAGAUGAUGCAGAGUCUUCUUUGGAGGAUAAGCCUGAUAACGAAGCGGUGUAUGUUGCCCUGAGAAGAUUCCGGAAUAAUUGUACAUUAUUUUUUGAAAACUUUGAGAAAAUUGCUUCAAAAUGCUUCAGAGCUUAUGAAUCUAAAGAUGUCAAACGUCUGAAAAAUGUGUACUAUACGCAUGUAAAACGUAGAAUACACAUUUUUGGAAUAAAACCAGAAUGUAAUGGUAGUUUGAAAAAAACAUGA